AUGACUAGUCAUCGUGUGCCUUCAAUACGUUUUAUCAUAAUGCAAUCAGAGGCUAAGUCCAGCAAGGUGGAAAUUAAAAAAUCUGAUUUACAAAUUUUCCUUGACUUCUUAAUGUCUGUUAAAUGGCUUGUG